AUGAAGCGGUCGUUUAAUGACAACAAAGGUGACAGGCCUCCUCGAAAGGAACCAGCUUGGACACCCAAGUACGAGCGUUAUACUGCUCUUACCGCACCAAGAGCAAAGGUACUUGAAGAGGCCCUACACGCCGAGGUCCUUACAGUUCGAAGAAAAUCCUCACCAAAGAAUCCUGAUGAAAGUAAAGUCUGUCGUCUUCACCAGAAUCAUGGUCACGACACAGAGGAAUGCAACAUAGUAAAACAUGAAAUAGAAAGACUUGUCCGUGCAGGAUACCUCCGAAAAUACAUAAAGGGGGAAGCACCCAGGGCAACAAGUCCCAACAGGAGAGGGACUUCGCGUAGGAGUCUCGAACGUUCGUCCCGUAUAGGCGAUCAACAAAGACGACGCUCCCGAAGCCGCACCCGAGACCCAGAACGAGAACGCUCGGUUCGAGGCCGAAUCAACACCAUAUCUGAAGGCUUCGCAGGAGGAGGAGCGUCAGCCUUUGCCCGCAAGAGACAUUUGAUAAGCUUAAAGACUAUGCACAUCGUAGAUCAACAACCUCGUUCUGUGCCAAACAUCACCUUCACAGAUGCAAAUUUCCACGCUCCCGAUCCUGAUCACGAUGACCCCAUGGUCAUCACUGCUGAGAUAGCACGAUACAAUGUCAGUAAAGUGUUGAUCGAUCAAGGCAGUUCAGUCAACAUCUUGUACUAG